AUGGGUUUUGCGCAAUGCUCCUGGCCAGUAUGGCAGGUCGAUGACUUCACGACAUGCUUCCAGCUCGACUACCUCCGGACUCUCCUCCCUCUCAUUGUGAUCGCGCUUUCGAUCGCGCAUCUCGCAGGCCGAAAGAUUUUCCUCACUCUGAAAAAGUCCAGGUUCUAUACCGAAAUUCCAGUCGAUGAACACCCACACGACCACACCGCGCUACCGCCCGAACAGCUUGGGGACGAAGCCGACGAAGAUGACGACGAUCUUGAAAUCAGCGGUGGGCGCCUCGCACUAGCCCGAACAAUCUCCAAGACCUCGAUCGUUCAAUCCGAUACCCCUACAGGCCAAUGGACUUCCCAAGUCAUCGAAGAACUUGCCAUAAUUGGACUCGUUGCCAUCAACAUCGUCGCAUUGGUUCAUGAUUCCUAUGGUGCUUCUCGCGGACGGGCUGCGGCAAUUGCCGGCAUUGUCGUCUGGGUUUAUGCGCUGAUCCUGACGACUUUGCGACUGACUCUGGGGAACACCAAGUGGCGUGUACCCAAAAUUUGGUACCAUACGGCCAUCAUCUAUUUUGCACAGUGGUUACUCUUGAUCUUCAUCUUCCGAAGCGUCAUCAUUCGGCCAUCCUCAAAACUCACACAGAUUCUCGGCAUCGUUGAGUUUUCCCUGGUAUCGCUUCUCUUCAUCAUGGCCUUCUCCACACGCAAGGGGAAUAAGACUGUCAUGUUGGAAUGGGAAGAUGGAAUUGAGCCCUCUCGCGAACCCCUUGCCAGUCUAUUCUCUGUUGCCUCGUUUGCAUGGGCCGACGAUCUCAUGUGGAAGGGCUGGAAGCAACCCUUGGAGAUUGGGGACGUCUGGAAUUUGCUUCCCAAGGACAAGGCCGCGACAGUUCUUGCUGACUAUCGGCAGCUGAAGAGAACCGGUGCUCUCGCGUGGCACAUGCUCAGUUAUUUUAAGGGCAGCCUUCUCCUCCAGUGCUUGUUGGCUGUCAUCGGUGGCGUCUUUACAUUUGCUCCCACUCUGCUUCUGCGAGCCAUCCUAGAGUAUAUUGAGGAGCCUGGCGACACCCCUAUCAAUGUCCUCUGGCUGUAUGUAAUCAGUCUUCCUGUCCUUGAUAUGGUUCGGUCAUGGGGCGAUGGAAUGGCCCUCUGGAUUGGUCGCAAAAUUUGCAUCCGCGUUCGUGCCAUUACUGUCGGUGAAAUUUAUGCCAAAGCGCUCCGUCGUAAAGCAGCGGCUGGAAAGGAUAAGGUUCUCUUGGAUAAGAAGCCCUCUUUUCCGACCGAGGAGAGUAACGCGAGCACAAGUACGGCUGGAAAAAUCAAGCGUGCCCUGGGGCUGAAGAAAAAGAAUUCCAAGCCCCCUAGCGACACCGAGACCGCCAACGAGGGUGCCCGAGAACUGCCUGUCAUGGACGACGACGAACAGGCCAAUUUGGGAACCAUCAUCAACCUCAUGUCUGUCGACAGCUUCAAGAUGGCCGAAAUCACCGCUUAUCUCCAUUUCCUGUGCGCCGCAGCCCCGACCCAGUUGAUUGUUUGCAUCAUUCUCCUGUGGCAGGUCAUGGGAUAUAGUGCUAUUCCUGGACUUGUCAUCAUGGCCUUCCUUCUGCCUAUCAACUAUCUCAUCGGCAAGGGGUUCAACACAACAUCCAAGAAAAUCUUAUCUGCGACAGACAAGCGAAUGAACAUCACCAAUGAAGUGCUUUCAAACAUCCGAAUCAUCAAGUAUUUUGCGUGGGAAAAACGAUUCGGCAUGGCGAUCGAAGAGAAGCGACAUAUGGAGCUGCAGGCUCUCCGAUCUCGUUUCUUGGUCUGGGCUGCGGCAGUGGCCACCUGGAAUUUCGUCCCCGUCUUCAUCACGUUCUUCUCUUUCCUCGUAUACACGGUCAUUGAAAAGAAACCGCUGUAUCCUUCUGUUGCCUUCACAGCAAUCUCCUUGUUCAUGUUGCUGCGUAUCCCCCUCGAUCAAUUUGGUGAUAUGUUUGCUCAUGUGCAGGAGGCAAAGGUCUCCAUCGACCGUGUCGAUGAAUUCUUGCGAGAGGAAGAAACGGAGAAAUAUGAGCAGCUUGGCUUUGACAAUAAGGAUGAAGAUGGCGUGGAGCGCAUUGGUUUCAAAGAUACCACUCUCAUCUGGGGCAGCAAAAAUGCCGUCGCGGACGAUGGCUCCAAGGCGUUCAGACUGAUGGAUCUGAACAUUGACUUCCGAAUUGGACAGCUAAAUGUCAUUGCUGGGCCUACUGGGUCUGGAAAGACAUCGAUGCUGAUGGGUCUGCUUGGCGAGAUGUCAAUGGUUGACGGCAAGGUGUUUUGUCCUGGAGGUCAGAGCCGAGAGGAUGUUCGACCAGACCCGGAAACUGGCCUUGCAAACACAAUCGCAUACGUUGCUCAAUCUGCCUGGCUCGUGAAUGCGAAUAUUCGGGAAAAUAUUCUGUUCGCAACUCCUUAUGAUGCUCGUCGAUACAGAGACGUCAUUGUCGCCUGUGCUCUUGAACGCGAUCUGGAAAUUCUGGACCACGGCGAUGAGACUCAGGUUGGAGAGAAGGGUAUUUCGCUUUCUGGAGGCCAGAAGCAACGCAUAUCCCUCGCUCGAGCCCUGUACUCCAACUCUGCGCACCUGCUAUUGGACGACUGCCUCAGCGCUGUCGACUCACAUACCGCCCAAUGGAUUUUCAGCAAUUGCAUCAAAGGCCCACUCAUGGCUGGCCGUACGUGUAUUCUUGUCACUCACAACCUGCAGCUCUGCGUGCCUUCGUCCGAAUAUAUCGUGGUUCUCGACAACGGCCGGGUCGCCAUCCAAGGGCCCUCGUCAGAAGUCAUCGCAUCAGGGAAACUUGGUGAGGAGAUCCAGAAAGCCAAGCCUAUGUCUACUGCUCCUUCUCGGGUACCAUCUCGGGUCCCUUCAAGCGUUGGUGAUGAAGAUACAGUAGUGAACAACAGUAUCGACGGAUCUGAUGCCGCCAAGAAGAAGAAGACACCUCCACAGGAUGCCAUGGGUGAGGGCAAGGUCACUGGCGCUGUACAUUGGUCCGUUAUCAAGCUCUACUUGACUGCUAUGGGCUCUUGGUCAUUCUGGAUCGUUACACUGAUUGUGUUCAACAUGCAGCAACUCUCUGCUGUGGUUAUUCAGGCUUGGGUCCGAGAAUGGGCCAACCAAUACGUCAAGGAAGAUCUCAAGGGCAGCGCUCAUGGCUCUUGGGCUCAAGCUUACAGCAAGGGCAUGUCUACUCAAUUGGGAUUCGCGCACGAUGCAAUUGCAUCAUCGCCAUCUGAGGUGGUCGUCAUGUCGGAGCCAAAGUCCAAUGUGCGCGUCGGGUAUUACCUCACAGUACUCGCGAUCAUCGGAAUUUUGUCGGCAGUCACAGCGCUUGUUCGAGACCUUUGGCUGUUCUUCGGAUCCCUCACUGCUUCGAAACGCAUUCAUGACCGUCUGAUUCAGUCCGUCACCCGGGCUCGGUUCAAGUUUUUCGAUCAGACCCCCCUUGGACAGAUUGUGAACCGUUUUAGCAAGGAUCUUGAGGCCGUCGAUCAAGAUGUCGCUCCCACGGCCAUCAGCGUGUUGACCUGCAGUCUGGCGCUUGCUGUCACGGUUGUCUUGAUCACCGUCAUCACUCCGGGAUUUCUGAUUGCUGCUCUGUUCAUUGCAGUUCUCUUCUAUAUGGUAUCCGCCUUCUAUUUGCGUGCCUCUCGUGAUCUCAAGCGCCUGGAGUCAGUCCAGCGCAGUCCACUCUUCCAGCAGUUUGGCGAAACGCUACAUGGCAUCACAACUAUCCGAGCCUAUGGUUGUGAACGGCGUUUCAUUCGAGAGAAUUUGAAUAAGAUCAACGCACAAAGUCGGCCAUUCAUCUAUCUCUGGGCCCUUAACAGGUGGUUGGCGUUCCGUGUUGACUUACUGGGAGACUUGGUUACGUUCUCCGCUGGUGUGUUCCUUAUUUUCGGUCUCGGGAAGAUUGACGCUGGCGCGGCGGGUAUGUCUCUAUCCUACGCAAUGAACUUUACCGAAAACCUGCUUUGGCUAGUGCGCAACUAUGCUAUCAACGAGCAGAACAUGAACUCGGUUGAACGAAUCAAGGAAUAUCUAGAUGUUGAGCAGGAGGCCCCAGAAAUCAUCGAGGACCAUCGACCGGAGCCCAGCUGGCCCUCAAAGGGCAGCGUUGAGUUUGUGGACUACUCAACAAGGUACCGUGCAGACCUUGCCCCGGUACUGCGCAACGUCUCACUCAAGAUCAAUGCAAAGGAGAAGGUUGGCAUUGUGGGACGAACAGGUGCUGGUAAGAGUUCGCUUACGCUUGCCAUCUUCCGUGCUCUCGAGGCAGACAGCGGAAAGAUCAUUAUCGACGAUGUUGAUAUCAGCAAGAUUGGUCUGAAGGAUCUCCGUGACAAUAUCACAAUCGUUCCCCAAGACCCGACGCUGUUCCGAGGUACCAUUAGGAGCAACCUCGAUCCUUUUGAACAGUACACGGAUGAAGAGGUCUUUGCUUCCCUCAGGCGAGUUCAGCUUAUAGGGCAGGACGAGCCCAACACGGUACCUCCUACGCCUAUAGUAGCCAGGUCAGUGAACUCAGAAUCGAAUUCUUUCUCGUUCAACAAGAACGUCUUCCUAGACCUUGCUUCGCCUGUCAGCGAGGGUGGAUUGAAUCUGUCGCAAGGCCAGCGCCAGCUUCUCUGCCUGGCCCGCGCUAUGCUGAAGAGCCCUACAGUUCUGGUAAUGGACGAGGCCACAGCGUCCAUCGAUUACGUGACAGAUGCCAAGAUUCAGGAGACUAUCCGCGAGUUGACAGGAACUGUCAUUACUAUUGCUCACCGUCUGCAAACCAUUGUGGAUUAUGACAAGGUGCUGGUGUUGGACAAGGGCGAGGUGAUUGAAUACGCUCACCCUUGGGAGUUGAUCAACAAGGAGAAGGGCUUGUUCCGCAGCAUGUGCGAAAUGAGUGGCGAGCUUGCUGUACUCGUCAAGGCAGCGAAGAGAAAGUGGGAUGAGGACCGAUUGAUUGACGAUUCGUAA